AUGCAUCCUCAUCUCAUCAACAUUUGUGCGGUCAUUGCUGUCCAUUUAGUAACUGUUGGUGCGCAUGAUGUGUCACCUGACGUCAUCACCAAGUCAGCUCCUGCGCUUCAACUUGGUCAAGGAACUAAGCACUUGAGGACUCACAGGUCCACACAAGAUAAUGAAGAAGAGCGAGGUACCAAUGAUAUUGCUACUGAAAUGAGCUCGAUGGCGGAGGGGGUCAUAAUUGCCUCAUCACCAGGGAAGGAAGACUUGGAUCAGAUUAUUAAGUGGUUGUUUGCUGACAAAGAUGACGGGAAGGCGGUAGACCAGGAAAAUUUGAACGCCUACGUAGAAGACUUGAAAAAAGAAUUAAGCGAUUCCCCCACCCUCGCUGAGUCCUCUCAGCGCACGCUUGCUGGACCCGUUCACUCUACGGUGGCUGAACCCGUGUACUCUACGGUGGCUGAACCCGUUAUAACUCGAUUUGAAGACAAGGCGGCUGGACGAGGAGAUUAUCAACCCCUCCGAUUACUUAAAAACUUUGAAACUUGA